AUGUUUAAACUUUCAUUAAUUAAUAUUUUUUUCUUAACUACCUGUAUUACGCCAAGUAUAUCUGUAUUAAUAUAUUUAAUUGUACCAGUACAAACAGUUAGAGUUUUCGGUGGUAAUAUCGCUGAUCAAUCUACGCGUGAUGCAGCUCAAUUAUGGGUUCGAACAACAUCUAACGGUGAUAUACUUGUAUCAUUAUUAAGUGGUAUCGCAUUAUUUAAAGAAUCGGAUUGGAAUUUUCGACAAAUAGUCAUUCGUGUUUGUUCAAUUUCGAAUUUUGUUCAUUUUGCUUGUUUUUUAUUUCAUCAUUAUUUCGUAGCACACCAUCAUAUAGCACUUGUUAUUGUGUAUUAUUCGGCAUUAUCUGUAACUUUAUUAACUGGUCUAGGUUGGGGAUUGAACUGGAAUACUAUUUUGAAAAGAAAUGAAGAAUAUUCCGAUCAAAUACAACUAGCAAGGGAGUCAAAUAGGUCACUUGAUCCUGCUUAA